AUGAAGCUCAAGACUUCAUUAAGACAGAAUUUGAAAUUUCAAGCAAUGGUGUUACUUCUCUCGAUUGCAGGUGGUGUUUAUCUCAUACUCGAAAAAGGACUUUCACUUAGCUCUAUGAAAUCCAUGAUAAUCUCAAUGUCACACAUCUAUGCAUUAGUUUUGGCCCUUUGGCUAAUGGCUCAUGGGCUCAUUACGAUUCCUCGCAAUAGAUGGAAUGAAGGAAACAUAUUGCAAAAUCUCAAUCAUUAUUAUUUGAAGGUACCUAAAUUGGUUGAUACUCUAGAAGAUACCAGAAUCUCUUUCAAGGAAGAUAUCCUCCAAGUUUUGAUUUUGAAGAACAACUUCACUUCCAGUGCUGUUGAAGAAAACUUUGCUUAUAGGGACUGGAUCCUCAAUUUGGCGAAUCAAGUACCCUCUGAGCUUGAGGAAUCCGUGGGUCGACAGUAUGUGCAUAGUGAUGCUAGAUCAAUUACUAGGGAGCAACUAAAUGAAGCUUUCAUGAACACAUUGACUUACAGCUUUCAAGGUCACAUGUAUAAACUCCGAGCAUAUAACUCGGAAUAUGAUACAUUACUUGCCAAUGUUUCCAGGUUGCAGACACUUUUGGAAGCCAAAGCGACUGAGGACCCUGAGGAAAGGUUGCGAAUAAUGUCUAGUUUUGGUGGACUUAUUUCCCCAAGUGCUAACUUUUAUUUGCAAUGCUAUGCAAAACCAGUUCUUGCUCGGUUACUUUCGAUCUUCCUCUUUGUAAUUUCCUUUGUCAUCAUUCAAUCGGAAUUUUUCCACUCUACGAAAUUUUCCAUUGUCAAUAUCAUUGUUUUCAAGACCGGCAUCCACAAUCACAACCUUUUUCAAGCUAUCUUCUCGGGAAUCUUAUUUCUGUACAUGUUGUUUUGCUCUCUUAAUUCGUUGACCAGAUUAAAGAUUUUCAACAUGUACCAUUUGGUGCCGGGACAUUCUGAUCCAGUUUCAACAUGCUUUUAUGUUUCCUAUAUUGCUCGGUUGACCAUUCCAUUGUCUUACAAUUUUUUGACUUUUUUCACUGAUAGAAGCUCUAUCUUUGAAGAUUGGUAUGGUAAGUCGAUACAUUUGACAGGAUUGUUUGACUUAAUGAAUAGCUGGGUACCCCGCCUUUUGUUGAUUCCUGUGGUCUUGACAACUUUCAAUGUCUACGAGAGAUUGAAGAAGAGGAUAGGGCUUCAUUCCGACAUGUAUGGAGCUUGGGCCGAUUUCGAUGAUGAGGAGCAGCUCUUAAAUGACGAGAACAACAUGGACUCGAGAAAUAAUAGAAGGGAGCUCGUGAUUGCUGAAGCCAAACGUACUAUCGCUAUGGAACUUAAUCGCCGCAAUCAAACUUCUCGGAUACAUUUACGCUCAUUUGCCUUGCAGAACGCUGCAGAUUCAACAUAUGAGAGAAAUAUGCAAGAUUUUAAUCUGUCGUUAUUCGGGGGCAUUAAUAAUCGAAUUGAUACAUAUCAUGAUGAUAACAGUACUGCGCUGGUUAUCAAUGCGGAUGUUCAAGGACUUUGGAGCAGACUCGGUGGGGCCGUCAAUAAUUUCAAGGAUGCGGUUCAGUCUCGAAUUGCCAGAAAUUCGUCCUACAGGGAUGAUCCACUUGAUUCUUAUGAAUAUGACGAAGAUGCCCAAGAGAAUUUGGUGCUUUAA